AGAAACCGGACUUAGCCGCGCAGGCGAUCCUCCGGGGCCGUGGCGGGGCCGGGGCCCCGGGCGUGAGGGACCCAGCUUUGUUGCGAGGAGCGUCGCGCGUGCUCGCGACAUAGCAGGGGCCGCAUACGGGAGUGCGCUCCGCGGCGUUUGCGUCGGAGCCGCGGCCAUUUGCUGUCCGGGCAGCCGCAAGGGACCCAGUUGUGUAAAUACAGCGCACAGAAUUCGGCCCCCCACUUAAGAACGCGGCGUCGCCGAGUUGAGUAUCGGGUUUGCGCGAGCACCGGUGUGUGGCCGCGUGGCCCCAUGAAAGGGACCCAGCAAUAUGAAUAGAAAUUUAUAGGCAGCAUGCGCAUCAGGAACCGGCGAGACUGCAAAGUGGUGGCUGUCAGCUCCGUCGCGCUGCGAGGUCGUCACAGGCCGAACGUGCACCGACUGAAAACGUUUGGAUGAAAACGAGGUUCUUCGGGGAAGUGUAUAUUUGCGCGGGUGCGCGGCGACGCACCAUUGCGUCAGCCAGUUUGAGUGCAGGGCCCAGGCGACUCCGCACCUCCCUGAAUCUAACGACCGUAAUCGUCAUUGUCUCGCAGAGCAAUACUCAAACGCACUUUCGUCACCAACUUACAAAACGGGUCUCGUAGCGGCCCAACCAAAAAAAGCGAUAGGGCGCUUUAUUCUGACCGGCAGCGCGUCACAACAGCAAGCAAGUAGUAUACCGGUGUAGCAGGCAGAGAAUGGGCAAGAAAGUGUAUGGAGCGAAAGGGAAGAACGGCGGCAAGCAUGCGGCUGAGGCCAAGUCGCCCGGCUGCGGUUACGUGGUGCAGCCAGCCCCGCAGCUGCUGCGGGCCAUGGUGAACCCGCGCGCUCUGCGCACCAGCAAGGUGCCUCGCUGUGUACCAACUGGCGGGGCAUUGGGCGAGCGGGCAUGCGGGGCCUGGAGCAGCAACACGGUGAACGGCGAGUCGCUGCCUCCAGUGCAGCGACCUGCACCGGCGGCUGUCAAGGCGCAGCAGGCCGUGCUGGCCAAGAUGCGAGCACAGCUGUGGCGCCGGGCGCACCCAUCCGCUGUCCACCAGCACAACCUCAGCGUCAUCAACGCCUGGUCGGAGCAAGUGGCCACGAUGCCAGUCGUGGAUGCUACCUUCGGCUUUGAGCCGGCGAAGGCACCGGCGGAGGCACCGGUGGUGGCGGCGGAGGAGGUGGUGUUGGUGGAGGAGGAUGUAGUGCUGGAGGUGGCGGCGGCCGAUGUGCAGGCAGCAGAGGAGGCGCGCUGGCGGCCCUGCCCUCCUGUCCCCGCCGACAGCCGGUGGGGUGGCCGCUUCGACGUGCUCGGGCGUCUGCAGGGCAGUGGCGACUGGGCGGACCUGGCCAUUGAUGAGCAGGACACGGCAGUGGGUGCGAGCGCGGACUCAGGCACGGGGCCGGAGGCGGAAGCGGAUGUGGAUGAUCAGGCUGCAGUAGUGGGCGGCAAGGCAGAUGCUGCCAUGGCUGAGGACAUCGCGCUGCCAGCUGCAUGUGCCGGCAACUUGUCAGCAGGUCGCACGGCCGCCAAGGCAGUUGAGCUCCCAUACAACCUGCGGAAGCCGCUCCACAAGCAGCGCGACCUGCAGCGCCGUGCACGGGAGAAGAAGCGGCUGCUCAAGCAGCCGCUGGAGCAGUGGGAGAUGGACGCCUGCCAGUCAGGCCGGCCUGGACAGCAGAAGCCGCAGAAGCAGCCGCAGCACCAGCAGAAGCAGUGGCGGCAAAAGCAAGCGGCCGGGGAGGGCAAGGGUGAGGCGGCCAAGUCAGUGCAGGACCGGCAGCACAUCAAGCGGCUUGCGCGGCGGCUCUACCACCGGCACGGAAAUUGAAUUUUCGCGGGCGCGCUCCGCGCGCCGGGGUGGGGGGUGCGGAGGGGUCACAGCGGCGGGGUGCAGGUGGGGGGGGGGGGGGGGGGCAGGUUGGGGGGGGGGCGUGGGGUGCCGGUGGGGGUGCGGGUGGGGGGUGCAAGCGUGGGUGCGGGCAUGGGGAGUAAGCGGGGUAAGCUGGUGGUGACUGGCGGCUCGCGGCUGGUGCCGUGUAUACACAAUGGCAUGAGGAGUAUGCGGUUCUGGUGAACGGCGCACGAGAGGCGCCCUGUCACAAGGGCCACAGGCCGUGCAGCAGGACCAUUCCGGGUGCGUUCAGCGGUGUCCCAAAAUAUCAAAUCAAGCUCGAAAAUCUCCGCGGUAGGCGUCCCAAAUAUUUAAUUUCCCGAAUAUGUUCACAAAUAUCUUAGGCUCCCUCCCCGAAAAUAUCAAUCCCGAAACCUUUGUAACACUACGGUACCAGCAAGUGAGCAUCACAUUGUCACCGCAGGUUGCACUCAAGCAGACGGCUGCGGCACGUGCUGCCAGCGAGGCGCAACGGGCGAAGAUGCGGGCGGUGCAGGCAGACAUGGCGCGCGCACGCGCACAGGCGGAGGUAAGUGGGGCCAGGCCAUGGGCGGUAUGCUGGGAGUUUCAUUCUGGCCCCACUUAUGAAUGCGGAUGUUACAGAGGGGGCAGUCUUAUGGAACAUAAUCUUGCUGAUGUGUCCAUGUAGGCACUGCUUGACUCAGCCCGUAAGCAUGGAUGGCUGAGUCCCUGGCGUGACUACAGCGUCCGCACCAAGGCCAGCGGCAUGUAUGUGUUAGAGGAACUCACCGCCGUCAUGCUGGAGGUGUGCCCGUCCCUGGCAAGGGUGAGGCGAGGCACGACAUAUGUACUUUGUGCCCAUGCUGCUCACAAGCAGUGCCACUUGCGCGCAGGAGCUGCACGCGAUUCACCAGGCAAUAAUGAUGCAGCAUGGGGCAGCAACCUCACAUUGCCAUUGGCAGGUCAGUGAGCUGUGGUGGGUAUAGGAGUUUACGCAGGGAAGGGGGUCUAAGGUUGCGGCGUACCAAUUGCUAAGAGGCUGCCGCCGGGUGAUGAUGUGGGGGUUACUAUAGGUACUGUUGGAGCUUUAUUGCUCCCAGCAACAUGUCCAUGCGAACAUUUUGUGAUGCAGCUGCAAAUUUUGGGGCAUAUCGAACACCAUGUGCACCCACUGCCUUUCUUAGCCUUGCUGGGUGUGGCGUGCAUUGGUGUGGCAUUGGCCAUCCCUACCACAACCCCAGCCCAGGCCAUGGCCACAAUCCCGCCGGGAAUGUGCAUGAAUCUAUGUCCACACAAUCUGCAAGUUUAUGGGGAUUCUUGAGCAUGUUAGCAGAAUGAUAGAAUGGCUCGUCAGAAUGCAAGCGCGCAUUCACAUGGUCACAUUGUCGCAUUGGCGUGUUGCUGCAUUUUUGCAUGUCAUUGUGUUGACUGAUCUGUCAGUCAUGGCGUUCAUGGUGUGUAGGUGCCGCACCCUAGCUUUUAUUGAAAGUUGCCUGUGUCCAUGUCCGUGCAGGUCGCUUGUGCUCGCGCAAGGGCGCAUGCCAGGGCCCAAGCAGUGCGCCGGCUCCACCGCUCAGCAGCGGCGCGAUUUACCAUGUGCACCAAGCCUUCGGCAAAGUCAUGGCAGCGGAAGGUAAGUGUAUAUGAAAGCGGGAGCCGCCAACAAACCAUUGGCAUGUCCUAGCCAAGUAUGCGCAUUAAGUCGCCACACGUGCAUGCAGGCUCACACUGGCAUACACGAGGCUGUUGUGCGGCUCAACACAUCUCCCAAAAUCACUAAGUUGGAUACUAGUAUUGGCCUCAGUUGCAGCAACAGCAGCAGUGCUUCAUCUCCACUUGUGACCACUGUCAAUGAGACAGGCACUAUGGUGAGCACGGGGUGUAGUGCUGCUGUGCUGUGGAAAGAAUGCUCUGUCAUCUGCUAGCUGGUCCUUUCACUGUCAGGAGAAAGCAUCACUACAAGUGGCAUUGAGACCAGCUAUCUCCGCAAAUUUACCUGGGUUUCAAUUUGGUCCAUCUGCUGGGCACGGUGUGCUUCCGGGGUUAGUCAGAGCGGGGCCUCCCCCACCCCGCGCUAACUAAUGUGUGGUCUGUCAUCUGCUAGCUAGUCCUUUUACUAUCAGGAAGACACAGCACAACACGGGGAAUGAAAAUGUGUGCAUGGAACCCCGGAUUGAACAUAAUUUGCAUGCAUUUGCAUGAUUCCCUGCAGGACGCAACCCCCAAUUCUGGCUCUUCAGAUCAUGGCGCUCAGCGCUUCCCGCUGGCGCUGAAGCUCAGUGGCCUGCAAGAUGUGUAUGAGUUUUACCAUCAAUGCAUGACAACUGCAGCUACCAUGGCCAUUGGAACUGUCUCCUGGUUUGCCACACAGCUAUACGCGCUUCCUGAUGAAUACUCACAGCCGACACCAGCUAUCCAUGUGGAUCCAUCCAGCGGUAUUGCUAUGGCACCCCAGCUGAUGUGUCGGCAUUGUUCGAAGGCCAUCAUGCUGACUGGGUCGAACAUUGUUGCU